CUGCCGCUGUCAGGAGGAGGGACCGAUUAUGCGCUUAUUGCAGUAGUGUAAAUCGCUAAAUAAGCAGAUGUGGAUGUGUCGUACCCGACUGUCGUCAGUAUCAUUUGAUUGGGACUAAAGGAUGGCAGCAAAGGAGGAUCUUUACUCAAAGAUUAUUCCGCGCAGACUGAGACAGAACAAUUGCGUCUCUGUCAAACAUGGAUCCAAUCUGGACGUGCUGCUGUCGAUGGGAUUUCCUCAGAUGAGAGCGCUGAAAGCUCUGGCAUCAACUGGAGGCAGAAGCGUUCAGCUUGCAUGUGACUGGCUUUUCUCACAUUUGGAUGACCCUUUCCUGGACGACCCUUUACCCAGAGAGUAUGUGCUCUACCUGCGCCCCAGUGGGCCUUUACAAAACCAGCUUUCCCAUUUUUGGCAGCAGUCUCGCUUGACUUGUGGAAAGAACAAAGCUCACAACAUAUUUCCACACAUCACACUCUGCCAGUUCUUUAUGUGUCCAGACAAUAAACUAGUGGCUCUGUGUGAAGCUCUGCAGUCUACAGUGAAUCAGUGGAGAGGACGCUUCCCCAGCCCUUUGCCCCUGGAGCUCUACACCUCCACCAACUUCAUUGGCCUCUUUGUGGAGGAGCAGGUGGCUGAGACACUGAAGAAGUUUGCGGCUGACUUUGCUGUGGAGGCUGCCACUAAAGCUGAUGUCCAUGUGGAACCACAUAAAAAGCAGCUUCAUUUGACUCUAGCCUAUCACUUCCCAACCAAUCAUUUUUCUUCCUUGGAAAAGUUGGCAAGAGGGAUUGAGGUAAAGCUGGGUUGUGACUGGCUAGCUGCCCUCUUUUCACGGGACAUACGAUUUGCGAAUCACGAGACUUUGCGAGUGAUGUACCCCUACACUCCUCAGAAUGACGAUGAGCUGGAACUGGUGCCAGGAGACUUUAUCUUCUCAUCUACAGUGGAGCAAAUGAGUACCAGUGAGGGCUGGGUGCACGGCACGUCUCUGGGAACAGGCAUCUCUGCACUGCUGCCGGAGAAUUAUGUGAGCCCUGCUGAUGAGUCUGACACGUGGGUUUUCCACGGAUCACACUCCUUCUUUUGUACUUCUCCUUCGGAAAAGUGUUCCAAAGAGAGCAAAGCAUUGGAUGGGCUGCUCAACCUUCGAUGCUUUGAAAACUCAAAGCUGGGGGAGUCUGCCAUCUUGAGUGUUAUUUGCCAACCAAUGCAGGUGCUUCGCUCCAACAUGCAGUCUCGGACCCCUAAAAGGACCCUGUUUGUAUGUCGGCAUGGAGAGAGAAUGGAUGUUGUGUUUGGGAAACACUGGUUCUCACAGUGUUCUGACUCCAAAGGCAGGUAUGUAAGGAGGAACCUGAAUAUGCCUGCUGCACUGCCCGCCUGGGGUGGAGCGCACAGGGACUAUGAAAUGGAUGCUCCUAUCACAGUGGUUGGAUCUACACAGGCUAAGACAGUGGGUGAGGCUCUGCUGGAAAGUAAUACCAGUAUUGAUUUUGUGUACUGCUCGCCCAGCCUCCGAUGUGUCCAGACAGCUCAUGAAAUUCUCAGAGGAAUGCAGCAAGAUGGCACAAUAAGCAUUCGAGUUGAGCCUGGGCUUUUUGAGUGGACUAAAUGGGUGUCAGGGACAUCUUUGCCUGCUUGGAUACCCCCCACAGAUCUUGCUGCGGCCAAUCUUAAUGUAGACACAACGUACAGACCCCACAUCCCCGUUAGCAAGCUAACCGUCUCGGAGGCGUAUGACACGUACAUAAGUCGGAGCCACCAGGUGACCAAAGACAUUUUGGCAUACUGCAAAAAUAAGGGAAAAAAUAUUCUGUUUGUGGGACAUGCUUCCUCUUUGGAGGCCUGCACUCGUCAGAUCCAGGGUCUUUCUCCCCAGAACCCUAAAGAUUUUGUGCAAGUAGUCCGAAAGAUUCCAUACCUGGGUCUCUGUGCCUGUGAGGAGCAGGGGGACUCGGGAGUCUGGCAGCUCGUGGAUCCACCAAUUCUUCCUUUAACUCAUGGGCCCAACCACAGCUUCAGCUGGAGAGAGACCUUACAGCAAGAAUGAUCUUAUCUGCAGGGUCAUUCCACAAGAGACUGAAAUGCUACCU